AAUACGACGGCAAAAAAUGCAUAAAAUUACAGUGAGUGAAAUUAAUGUGUUUCGUAAAUUGAAAUUAAUUUUGUACAGCCAAAAAACAAAAUAUUGUGAUUUCUAAAUAAACAAAGGAUAUUUUUAAUUUUAUUUGAAUGGUUCGAUCCGCUCAACGAGUUUCGCCAGUAACCAUAGCAACAACAAUUAGAUGCAGUUGAGACAGAAAAAUGCUUCGCCACAUCAUCAUCAGCAGCAAGAGCAACAGCAACUCGAGCAGCAGCAAAAACAACUGCAACAACAGCAACAAGAACGAUUUGAGCAACAAAUAUAAAGGGAAUUAGCUGGCCCAUCAAUUUAAGCUGACAGGCAACUUAAUUAAAACGCGUUAGCCAGCAACAAUUUUAAGCUGUUGUUUGUAAGAAAGUAAUUUCAAUUUAUUUGGCCACUCGCCGACAACACCAAGUUGUUCGGUUGCACUUCAUGUUAAUGCUGUAACAUCGAGUACUUACAACAUCCUACAAGCACACACACUCGCAACUCGAACACAUCCGAAACACGCAAUUGCGAUACAACGGUAUCAAAAGUGUAUUCGCAAUGCUGUCGAGUGGCGGCAAUGGAACAUCCUUUUGGCUGUUGUUGCUGCUGCUGCACGGCGCACAACAGCAGCCACAGUCACAGCCAGAGCCAGAGCAAGAGCAACAGCGACAGCGACAGCAACAGCAGCAAGAGCAACAACAAUUUAUGACUGAGACAGAGCGAGACAACGUGGUGCAGCAAUUAACGUCGAUGCCAAGUCCAGAUGCAUUUUCAAUGACGCCCGAGCACACCACAAGGUCAACUUGGACCGCAUCCAUUUUCAUCGGCAAUUUAAAUGCAGCAACAACUGUGUCGCCAGCAGUAGCAACAGCAACAGGAGCAGCAACAGCAACAAGCAUAACCACAGCACCGAAAGCAGCAUCAGCAUCAGAAGUGGCUAGCAAAGAGCUUCAGGCAAUAGAAGCGAUUGGGACAAAGAAAAAACUUGAAUAUUUAGCAGCAAUGACAACACCAGCAAUACACAACACGCCACCUACAACAACGACAACAGCAGCAGCAACAGCAACAGCAACGACAACAGCAGAAGCAAUAGCAACAUCAGCAACAUCAACAGCAACAAUAGCCCAAGUGGAACAUAUGUCAGCCUCAAUAACAUCGACGGCAAUACCAAUAAAAAGCAAGCGCGUUGUGCCCACAGCAACAACAACAGCAGCAACAGCAAGCGAAACAUCAACAGCAGCAACAUCAAAAAGUACAGAUGUGAAAAGGACAGAGAACAAAUUGAAUAUGAAGCAAAGUGCCACCAUGUCAACAUUUGCAGAGGCGUGGCCAGCAAUGAAAACAAAUAAUAAAAGUAAUUGGCGAACAGGAGCAACAGAAAAUGCCACAACAGUCGUAACAGCAACAACAGCAGAAACAAAGAUAGCUAGCAAAACUGUGCCUACGCUGCACUGGCUGGAUACCACAAAUAUGCCCCAACAGUACAGUAAUACAGUCAGUAAUCCCCUGGCUAGCAGUGUUCUAACAGCAACAACAACAGCAACAGAAACUGCGACAGCAAUUGCGGCAUCAACAACCGCAUCGACAGCUGCAGGCAGCGGCGCCUCCGGGUGGCCAGUGAAGCAUGCCGCAGUGCUCGAGGGCGAUGUGAUACUUGGCGGCUUGAUGAUGGUGCACUCACGCGAGGACAGCAUCACCUGCGGCCAGAUCAUGCCCCAGGGUGGGAUCCAAGCCUUGGAGGCGAUGCUUUACACUCUCGACCAGGUAAACAAGCAACAAUUGCUGCCGAACGUGACGCUUGGCGCGCAUUUAUUGGAUGACUGCGACAAGGAUACCUACGGCCUGGAGAUGGCUGUCGAUUUCAUAAAGGGCUCUAUUAGUAACAUUGAUGAUGCGGAAUAUCAUUGCAAUAAAACGCAAGUGCGCAAAGUAAUAUCUGGCGUGGUUGGCGCUGCCUCCUCUGUGACAUCCAUACAGGUGGCCAAUUUGUUGAGAUUGUUUCGCAUCCCGCAGGUCUCUUACUUCUCGACCAGCCCAGAGCUGAGUAACAAGCAACGCUUUGAAUACUUCUCACGCACCAUUCCAUCCGACCACUAUCAAGUGAAGGCCAUGGUUGAGAUUGUCAAGAGCAUGGGCUGGACUUAUGUUUCGAUUAUCUACGAGGAGAGCAACUAUGGCAUCAAGGCAUUUGAGGAAUUGGAGGAGUUACUGGCACGCCAUAACAUUUGUAUUGCCAUUAAAGAGAAGCUCGUCAAGGAUUCGGGAGUGGCGGAGGAUAUUGCAUACGACAAUAUUGUGCAGAAGCUGUUGACGAAGCCGCGGGCUCGAGGAGCCAUCAUUUUUGGGUCGGAUCAGGAAGUGCGGCAAGUGAUGCGGGCAGUGAGACGAGCAAAUGCAACAGGCGCCUUCUCGUGGAUUGGAUCCGAUGGCUGGAGUGCACGGAAUCUCGUCUCCGACGACUAUGAACCGGAGGUGGAAGGCACCCUGUCCGUUCAGCCACAGGCAAAUCCAGUGCACGGUUUUGAGGAAUAUUUUCUCAACCUAACCGUGGAGAAUAACCAGCGCAAUCCGUGGUUUGUCGAGUUCUGGGAAGACCAUUUCCAAUGCCGCUAUCCGGGCAGCACGAGUACGCCGUAUAACAACUACACACGCAACUGCACCACAAAGGAGCGACUGUCUCGCCAGAACACCGACUUUGAGGAUCAGCUGCAGUUCGUUAGCGAUGCGGUCAUGGCGUUUGCAUAUGCCUUGAGGGACAUGCAUCGCGAUUUGUGCGGCGGUCGUCCUUCGCUCUGCGAUGCCAUGAAGCCAACCAAGGGAGCCGAUUUACUCAAAUAUUUGCGCAAAGUCGAAUUUAAGGGCCUCAGCGGCGAUGAUUUUCGCUUCGAUGGAAACGGCGAUGGACCAGCUCGCUACAAUAUCAUACAUUUCAAGCAGUCCGUAGCCGGUCAAUACCGCUGGGUCAAGGUUGGCGAAUACUACGAAGGAGAGCUGCGCUUAAACAUGUCCGAGGUGAAGUUCAAGCUGUUGCAUCCAAAGCCACCGGAAUCCGUUUGCAGCUUGCCAUGCGAACGUGGCCAGGCGAAGAGAUAUGUCGAAGGCGAGAGCUGCUGUUGGCACUGUUUCAAUUGUACAACUUAUCAAAUCCGACAUCCGGAUGACGAGACACAUUGCCUUGUCUGCCAGCUGGGAACGUUGCCCGAUGCUCACAAGAAAUAUUGUCGUCCAAUACCGGAGGUAUAUCUUAGACCCGAAUCGGCUUGGGCUAUUGGAGCGAUGGCCUUCAGUGCAACAGGCAUAUUGAUAACGCUCUUCGUUGUGGGCGUCUUUGUGAGGCACAAUGAGACUCCAAUUGUACGUGCCUCUGGCCGCGAGUUGAGUUACAUUCUGUUGGCUGGAAUCUUCAUGUGCUACGGCGUGACCUUUGCCCUCGUACUUAAACCAACAAAUAUUGUAUGCGCCAUUCAGCGCUUUGGAGUGGGAUUUUGCUUCACGGUUGUCUACGCCGCAUUGUUGACCAAAACGAAUCGCAUUGCUCGAAUAUUCAAGGCGGGCAAACAGUCAGCAAAACGACCAUCAUUCAUUAGUCCAAAAUCGCAGCUGGUGAUUUGCACGUGCCUGGUCAGCGUACAGAUACUCAUUAAUGGCGUUUGGAUGGUGAUUGCUCCAUCGCAUGCGAUGCAUCAUUAUCCGACACGCGAGGAUAAUUUGCUCGUCUGCGACUCGUACAUCGAUGCCUCUUAUAUGAUUGCGUUCUUCUAUCCCAUUCUCCUUAUUGUGGUCUGCACUGUUUAUGCGGUUCUCACUCGCAAGAUUCCCGAGGCAUUUAAUGAGUCCAAGCAUAUUGGCUUCACCAUGUACACCACCUGCGUCAUUUGGCUGGCCUUUGUGCCAUUGUACUUUGGCACAGCCAAUCACGUGCCUCUGCGAAUUACGAGCAUGUCAGUGACCAUUAGCUUGUCCGCCAGCGUGACGAUUGCGUGUCUGUUCUCACCAAAGCUCUACAUAAUUCUUGUGCGGCCGGAGCGCAAUGUGCGCCAGAGCAUGAUGCCUCCCCGUUAUGGCAAUAUGCAUCGCACGGCCGGGACGGGGCCCUCCUCAAUGAUGGCCGCAGCGGUUGUAACGGCUGCCACGUGCGCCCAGGAAGAGAAAUUACAGAAACAUAUCACGCCCACGGAAACAGAGCAUUCGGUAAAAACGAAAAAGCUGUGCGAAAUGGCCACACAGACGAUUGCACUGUCGAGUAUUUUCACGUCCCUAGAUAACAAUGCCUACAAUCAAAUACCCUAUGCCGAUCAAUAUGUGCCAAAUAACACAACUACCGCCACGCCAACAGCCUCUAAUGGCAAUGGCAAUGGCAACGGCAUUGAGAGCUGUACUCAGGACGAGGAAGUGGUAUCCAACAACAACAAAAUCAAUCAGCAACAACACGGCCAGCAGCAGCAGGCGAAUGUUGUUGUUGUCGUUGCAACAGCGAGCAAUCAUAUUGCCACCAGCAGCAGUCCAGCAACAGCAACAACAGCAGCAGCAGCAGCACUGGCAACAACAACUGCAACUGUUAGCGCAUCAGACGCGGAAGCUUCAUCGGCCACAACAAAUGGUGGCAACAAGCGAGCUCCGGUGUUGCAGACUAAUUUAUAGCUAAACGCGCAGCAAUUGCAACAACAGCUGCUGAAGGAGCAACAGCGUCAGCUACUGCAGCAGCAGCAUCUUGAUGAUGCUGACGUGAAACCAGUUGCAACUGAAGCUGCCGCAGGCGGCGACGUUGCAAGCAAUGGCAGCGGCAGCAUCAGCGGAAGUGCAACAACGAUCGGUAAUGGCAGCAGCAGCAGCAAAAAGCGUUCUGCGAUUCCAGUUUAAAGAGGCUACAACCACAACAAAAACAAGAACAGGUAUCUAUAGAUAGAACUUAAAAAAAAAAAAAAGAAAUACUUAAGUAAAUUCAUGCCAAACGGAUGUUCGUAGAACGACGAAGAAAAGACGGCGGCAUUACAAUAAAUUUAUUUUGGUUUCUGUUGAGCAGAAAUGAAAUGCAUUUUAAUAGCAUAAUUUCACAAUAACGCCACUUCGUCUGCCAAAUUUGGCAGUUAUUUAAAUUGUAAAAUAUUUACAAUAAACCCAACGAAUGAGUCGUAGCAAAAACAAAUUGUCAGCCAGAUUUAAUUGAAUCAUUUCGUUUUUGCGGAAACUGUUUUAAAUGUUUUAGAUCUAACGAUUAAGCUUAACUAGUUAUAGCUAGAAUGUGGUUUGGUUGCAAUCGCAACAAAGGUUACCAAAACAACAAAACAAAAACAACAACAAAAAUGUGAUAUAAUUUCAAAAAUGUGUGUUUUCUGAAACCAAAACCAAAAAGAAAAUAAGAAAAAACUAAACUCGUACUAACUGUUAGUCUAAGUUGAAAAAGCAUUUAAAUUUAAGUCACAUUCACACUAUGAUCUUAUAUGUUACAAAAGGGUUGCACAACCACUACAUAACAACAACAACAACAACAAAAAAAAGCCAAAACAAAACAUGUUGCAACCCUUUUGCAACGUGGCAGAAAUGGCGGCGUCUUUUGACAAUUACAUUUACUUUGUUGUUUGAGCCCUGCAACUUGGUAGAUUUAAUUGUGUAAAGUGGAUCCAAAGGCGUCAGAGGCCGAUAGUAUAAUUAUAAGCGCAGUAAGUUUGUAAAUACACACACACACACACCCACAUACACAUACACUCUCCUAAUAGUUAAGUGUUUUCUUUGUGUAAUACAUAACGACAGAACAUAAUAUUACGUAUACGUACCGCGGUCUGGCAUACGAGCAAGCUUAUCGAAGAGUAUGUCAGUUGAGAUUGUAAGUGAUAAAUAGCAAAAUAAAAAAAAAGAAACCCACUUAUUAUUAAAUUGAAAUAAAAAUUAUAUUCAAAUAUAAUAAAAUCUAGCCAAAUUAUAAGAGUUUAAUUGUUAGCGAAAUGCAUGUAUGUAAUAUUCCCCUUGUAUGUAUAUCUGUGUGUGUGUUUUUUAUGUAAAUAUUAUUACAAUUUGCAUAUGAGAAUACCAAGCAUAUUCAUACAA